AUGCCUUUCUCUAGAAGUGAUCUUGACCAUAGAAGGGCCAAGGUUGCUUGGGCUACGGUCUGUCUUUCUAGAUUGCCUAGGAAUCUCCAAAAUGGAAUCUUUGAAUCAUGCAGCUUUGCUCAAGCACAUAUGGCACCUCCGCUCAGAUGGGGAUCAUGGUCUCCCCUCCGGAUCUUUGUUGUCCUCCUCAACCAACAUAUUGAUAUACUAAGGACUGGCGAAUUCACACUUCUUCAAGUUCAGCCCCGUGCUUCAAGGCAGGCAUCCGAAACAGAUCUGGGACUUUGCACAUGCUCUUACCAUGUCCCACUGAAAACCGGGAUGUUGAGGAUACCAAUACAGAGUGAGAACAGUAUGGUAACCUACAUAACUCAUCAGCCUCAUGGAUGGACACGAUCCCUUACCCUGUGCUAUAAGUCGCGCCUUAGCCUAUCUUGA